CUUUUAUUUAGUGGUCAUUCUUUUUUUUCUUAACAAAAAAAUAUUUAAUGGUCAUUCGCUGCAAACUAUAAUAUUCGGUUACCAUAAUGCAAUUAAUCCAUAAUUAGAGAAAUGAAAGUAGGAAAAGGGGGAAGAGAAAUGGAGACAGCGAAAGCGAAACCGCGCGGCUGACCUGACUUCCCUCCACCAACUGCCGCGGGAAACUCUGUUGGUUACUCCCGCCGGCGCCGACAGAAACCAAAAUGCACAGCAAGCUCUACCCUCCCCUCGGGGUCCUCAUCCUUUGCUUCUUCCUCUACUUCGGCUUCUUCGCCGACGACGAUUCCGCAUUUCCCGGCGUGGUGUGGCAGCAGAAGAUGGGUUUCGUCUCCACCAGCUCCACCCACUUCGUCAUCGUCAAUGGCGACGACAAAAAGGGUCGAGGAUCGGCUACUGAGUACUUCUAUGUCAACGGGUGGAACUCUUAUUGGCUGCUGCAGGAGAGCAUAUGGAGAUCGUCCCGGUCCAGGGUCUCCAGAGUGUUUAAAUCCGGCGCUGAAUUGGGGCUGACCGUUUGCCGGACUUGGGCUUUCAGCGACGGCGACGGUCCCAACACGCUCCAGAUAUCCCCCGGCGUGUUCAACCAAAGGGUCUUUCGGGGGUUGGACUAUGUGAUAGUUGAGGCAAGGAGGCAUGGCAUAAGGUUGAUCCUCAGUCUAGUGAACAAUCUAGAUGCAUUUGGUGGGAAAGAUCAGUAUGUGAGAUGGGGGCAACAAGCUGGGAUCAAUGUCUCUUCUGGCGAAGAUUCCUUCUUCUCGAACCCGGCCAUUAAAGAAUACUACAAAGCCUACAUCAAGGCUAUUGUGACUCGGAAGAACUCUUUAAGCGGGGUCAAGUACUCUGAUGAACCAGCCAUAUUCGCUUGGGAGCUCAUUAACGAGCCGAGAUGCUCUUCGAGUUCAUGUGCCCCUGCUCUUCAGGCUUGGAUCAGUGAGAUGACUGCAUACCUCAAAAGCUUGGACCGAAGGCACCUAGUGACCGUUGGUCUCGAGGGAUUCUAUGGCUUGAACUGCACCAACAAGUCGGAAGUGAACCCCGGGGAAUGGGCAGCAUCCCUCGGGUCGGAUUUCAUACAGAACUCAGCAAUAGACAGCAUUGAUUUCGCUUCGGUUCAUUCCUACCCAGAUAGCUGGAUACAAGAUGCAGACUUGGAAACAAAGGCCAAGUACCUGUCCCGGUGGGUGGAUUCCCACAUAAGCGACGGGGAACAUCUGCUGAAGAAACCAGUCCUCUUCACCGAGGUGGGCUCAGCUUGGAAUGUGAGUGAUCAUGACAAGGAAGGAGCUAGAAAUGCUAGAGAUUUAUUGCUCGAAAUCGUGUACGACAAGAUUUACGAGUCUGCCAAGAAGCAGGGAGCCGGCGGUGGAGCACUGGUUUGGCAGCUGCUGGUGGAAGGAGUCGAGCAGUACAGCGACCGGUUCUCCUUCGUGGCGCGGCAUUACCCUUCCACUUCGGAAUUGAUCAAGAAGCAGUCUUGUAGGCUGCUUCAUAACAUUUCAGCUGAGGGUGUGGAAGAGAGAAAGAAGCCACUGAAGCGUAAAGAUGUUUGCUUUGGUCAAUACUAGCUAGUUGGGAAUGGAAGGUUUGACUUCGAAUUUUCCCCAAGUAAAACUGAUUGUCUCUCUGGAUUUGUACUUAAUACAUCUUCGUUGUUUCCCUCCUUUUGAGGGUUCUGUAAAUUGUUGCCAUUACCUUAUAGAUGCAUCUCUGACCAAACAAUGUGUAGAGAAUUGACAUGAUUGUAAGCUUGAAUCGUCCAUUCUCAUAGAUGC